AUGUCAAACUGUCCUCACCCAGCGGAGCUCUCUUUAAAUAAAAGAAUGCGAGUCUCGUCCCCGUGCCUGUCCCGUCUUAAUUGGCUUUCUUCGCUCAAAGCGGCCCAGCUCCAACGGAUCGCGUUCUUGACUGGCAUAUCAUCGUCGGGAACAAAACCCGUCCUGGUUGAGCGUUUGACCAAGGCGUUAUUGUCACCUGCUGGUGUCCAGGACGGUAGCGCCCGAGAAAAGCGAGAGGAUGUGGCGGGCGGUGGACGGCGAAAUGAAGAGGAUGGGAGACUGAGCAUUCUAAGCAUUGAUAUGGGCAUUCGAAAUCUAGCGUAUGCGCAUAUGCUCGUGGAUCCAGAGAAGAGCAAGGAGAACAAUAAUUACCAAUUCACAUCCCUACGGUCUCCUGUGUUGAACGCAUGGAACCGGCUGGUGAUAUCGGAGUUUUCCUCCCCUUCAGCCUCUCAUGUCGAUGUCUCAGCACCAGUGGCACUGCUAAAUGGUGGAACUACUUGCCGCAGCACUACGGCGAAGUCGAAACGGCGCUCUCAACGUUCAGAAGAGGAGGAAGAGGCGGCAGUGGGUGAAGGUCAAAGAUUUACAGGUGAAAAAGAGUCUUUUGCUCCGGACCUCUAUGCCUCUCACGCGUACACUCUCGUUACCUCGCUGCUCGGAACUUACCGGCCCACGCACGUGCUCAUCGAGCGACAGCGAUUUCGCACCGGUGGAGGAAGUGCGGUGCAAGAGUGGACUAUCCGUGUGGGCGUUUUUGAAGGAAUGCUCUAUGCGGUGCUUCACACGCUGCGAAUGGAAUCAAAGAUGGCCGGUGGGCUGGGAGUCAUGGUGCAGGGAAUUGAGCCGCAGAGGGUGGCGAGGUAUUGGAUGGAGACUGACCCUGUAAUGGAGUUGAAAGUUGCUGGGAAAAAGAAGAAAGCGACGUCGAAAGACGGGAAGAAGGCGAAGAUCGAUUUAGUAGGCAGGUGGAUUUCAUCUUUGGGGAUGGACCAUGCGGGUGGAAUACCUGCGAAAAUUGCCAUUGCGGCGGAUAGUCAGGCGAAGGAAACGGGGACUGCGUAUCUAAGCAAAUGGGCGAAGACGAAAGGGGGUUCAAAGGUGGUUGCAGGGUUGAAUGGGAUGUCCUCAUCCACAUUUACAGGACGGUCUUCGAGAUCUGACAAGGACGCACCAAACGGUGAUGAUCCUGAUCAUAAGUCUGAUACGGCGGUGAUGGCCCCGUCCCCAGUCGAUAUUGGUAAACUGGAUGAUCUCGCGGACUGCCUUCUCCAGGGUCUCGCGUGGCUGGAGUGGCAGAGGACGAAGGAACGCAUCGCGGUGGAGGGUAUUGAUGCGGUGUCAGGACCUCGCAAAGAAGACAAAGUCCCCUGUUCCUCGCCGUCUCAAGGCAGGACCCGCAGAUGCAGUGAACCCGAGGAGUCAUCAUCCCGAGAAACGAGUCCCGAGAAACGAGUCCGCGUUUAUGGUGGGAAAGUGAAAGGAUUCAAGGAUAGUGUCCUAUGA